CACUGAUGUAGCUCAGUCUAACAGGGACUCUUACACGGACACACAGUUCAUUAAACAGGACCAACCACACACUAACUACUGCAAGUAGUAGAGAAUAUCUGGCUUAGAACCAAUCAGUACUUACAGGAAACGUGUGUAUGACAGGCCACAAGUGACUCAGACCUUUCCGGUGUUGGAGCCGCAAUGUCGACAAUAUUCAUCCUGUUCUGUUCCCUGGCCUCGCUACACAGCGUCGCGUCUCAGGGAAAACCGCCAGGCAUAACAGAUCCGCUGGUGCAUCAAAUCAGGUACAUCGCUGCCAAGGACAGCAUCAUUCUCACAUGCAAAGCAGAGGGCAACCCUACCCCCAAAUAUACAUGGUACAGGACUGGAACAGAAAUUGCGUCAAAUCAGUACCAGAAAGUAGAUGCUGACACUGGUGCACUGGAAAUACUCGACUUUUCAGGCAGGGAGGCGGGGGACUACCGAUGUGGGGCGACAAACAACAUCAGCCUAGGGGUAUCACCAUUAGCCAUGUCACCCGCUAUCAGCCUGAAAGAAAUCAGACAUGCUACUGUUUGGACUAAAAGCGGCGACAUUGAUCACAUCAAUGCGUCAGAGGGGGAAUACGCCAAACUGGAAUGUAAUUAUGUGACCCCCGGUGACCCCAAACUUCCAUUCAGCUGGUUUCUGAAAUCAUCAUCAGAUGCUGAUCAGUUGCGAGAAAGUAACAGAACCUACAUUGACGAGAGAGGUACUCUACAUUUCAUCUACGUGGAGCCAAGUGACAAGACGAGUGGCAAUGAUGUGUAUAACUGUGCCAUCCAUAACAAAGUUCAGGACUACAUUAAGCUUGGCAAUGCCAAGAGACUAACAGUUAAAGAAGUCACUGGUAAACCAGAAAGGAAGCCUAGGAACCAGUUUAAAACCGACCCUGCGGAAUUCCAAAUUGGUCAUACGGCAGAGCUGGAGUGUGUUUUCAGCGGAUAUCCCCUACCAUCGACCCAAUGGUUUAACAUAAGGAAUGAGCCCAUCAAUCCAGGAGGGAGAUACCAAAUGGAUAAACACAACAUGAAACUGAAGAUCGCUAAACUAACAGAGAAAGAUGAAGGCCUGUACAGAUGCAAGGGGGAGAAUACUCUUGGGGAAGCUGAGACGACCAUCUUCCUUGACGUAAAAUCUGGUCCUAUAUGGGAAAAAGCCAUCACUAACCUGACCGUACCGGAGGGUAGAGACGCUUCCUUCACCUGCAAGGCCCGACCAGCUAUCGACGAGAAAGCAUUGGAACCACCGGUGUGGUACAAGAAUUGGGAGAGAAUACAAAAAACAACAGGUAAUAUUAUCUUCGGGGACGAAGGUCGAGUCCUGACAGUGACUCAGCCGAUAAAACCUGAUGACAUCAUGUGUUUCCAGUGCCAGAUCACCAACGACAUCGGCUCCGUGUUUUCCAACGGUUGUCUCAACGUCAUUAAACCAAUCAAAGUGACUACCCAGCCUCCACUUAAGCAGGGCAUCAAGAAAGGUGAUCUGGUGAACCUCACUGUGCGGGGAACCACAGACCCGGGGAUGACACUCAGGUACAGAUGGGAAUUCAAGAAACACACGUAUUACACAGGACUACCGCCACAUGUGGUCUACGAUGACGCCACGAAACAAACCUACAUCAACACUACAAGUCUGAGCGAUGAGGAGUACAGACAUAUAGAAGGAACCUACACCGGAGUGCUGUACCACGACUUUGAAACCCGCCGUGUAGUUAUUGACGUUGUCCUAGAUGAUGGGACAGGUGACAGAUAUCAAGUGACAGGUGCAGAUCUAGACGUCUGUGAAGAACACUCACUGUAUCCGUGGAUAUAUUCAUUGUCUGCGGCAGUCGUUGUGCUCCUGUUCAUAGUGGUGUUUUUAAUUAUAAGAAGGCCCACAUGUACCUGUCCGACUCAACAACCAAGUGAGGCCUACCUGACUCCAGUCGCCAUCAACAUGAGUCAUGUAGUAGGAGGUGGCGAAGCGGGAGGUGACGAUGGUCCUUACUAUUCCACCAUACCCGAUGUGCCCGCGCCGACGAGAUGUUAACGCCAAAUCUAUCUGCAGGUGAUGCCACCGUCUCACGUUGAUACCACACCUUGAGAAAGGACUUACAAAUAAUUUUCUCUUCGUGUUUUUAAAUCCAUGAUUAGGAUAAGUUCAAAUAUUCACAUGUGACUGCAUGUGUUUUGUAUUGUAUGUUAUCUUAAUAACUUAGGAAAUUAAUUUAUUUAAUGAAGCCUAAUGUCAUAGUCACAAGCGUCCUUGCGAAAUUGAGUUUAACUUAUUAGUGCACUUACAUAGUCACGUAGGUACGUGGUGUACGUGUGUGCGUCCUCUGAGAUACCAUGCCGCAGUUUAACACAAAUUCCCCACUCAAACACAGUAUACUGACUCCGAGUCAACCAGUCUUUGUUAUCCCCUUAAUGCCGAGCGCAAGGGAGGGAAACAAAAAGUACCGUCUUUUAACGUUUUUUAGUAAGACGCAGACGGGGAUCGGUUCCCUGACAUUCACCUCGACGCGCAGACGCUCUGUACACUAUUUAGAAGAGGCGUUAUAUAUAAUAAGCCAGGUUAUACAGUUGCGACAUUCCUUAUUCGUUGAAAAGAUUUUUCUGUGAACAUUGCUCGAUUCUGUAGAAAUCAUUGUAUUACACCUAUAGCUGGAUCGUUAUGUGGUAAGAUUACUGUUUGUCUGCAUAUUUGUUCCUUAUGUAUUUUCACACCAUAAUUAUUGUAUAUAUAUAUAUAAAGGAGAGAAUACUCAGAGUGAUUGGGUGAGUGAGUGAGUGAGUGAGUGAGUGAGUGAGUGAG